UGAAGUACGAAAAUAAGAGAGAAACAGAGACGGAGGUGGGAGGGUGAGCAGCUAUCAAGGCGGGCUGAAGAGAAGUAUGCGUACCUCAUUGAUCAUCGCCCAUUACCUCAGUGCGGGCAUUGACAACAUCCAUGAGAAGUCCUGAUCUGAAUUUUACUGCAGAAUAUGUACAUUUGAAGGAUUAUAUCGGUACCCAGAUUAGCAAUAAUUUCCCUACAAAAGAGAAAAUGUAACGUAACUUGUUAGCUCCUGUGGCUACGUGUUGAUCCGCCUGUACUGUUGUCUUGCUGAUAAUGAUGUACUCCAUCAUCACAGAGAGACAAGCAAAAGAACUGUGACAUUGACAGCGACUUGUGUGGACAGAUCUCAGUGUUGAUCCGAUUGUUUUAUUUUUGGAUUUGCAAUUAAAUUGGGACAGGCGGAUUUUGCUUGUUUGGUUCGCCCCUUCGGAUUGAAGAAAAAAAGUGAUCAUCGGCGAAAGUCAUGGCCAACAACAGAUCACGCAGUGAGGACGAGGAUGAGGAGCUCCUCUCAACAGACCCUGAGAGCCGGGACCAGAAGAACCCCAAGAAGCUGCUGUGCAAAGUCAAGUGGUCCAGGGAUGAGGAUGAGCUGCUGAAGAAGCUGGUUGAGAAACAUGGAACGGAUGCCUGGAAACUGAUAGCAAAUUACCUUCCUAAAAGAACAGAUGGCCAGUGUCAACACCGCUGGCAGAAGGUGCUCAACCCGGAGCUGGUGAAAGGGCCCUGGACAAAAGAGGAGGAUCAGAGGGUCAUCGAGCUGGUGCACAAAUACGGCCCCAAGCGCUGGUCCAUCAUCGCCAAGCACCUGCAGGGCCGCAUCGGCAAGCAGUGCAGGGAGCGCUGGCACAACCACCUCAACCCCGAGGUGAAGAAGUCCUCCUGGACCGAGGAGGAGGACCGCAUCAUCUACGAGGCCCACCGGCGCCUCGGCAACCGCUGGGCCGAGAUCUCCAAGCUGCUGCCCGGGAGGACGGACAACUCCAUCAAGAAUCACUGGAACUCCACCAUGCGGAGGAAGGUGGAGCACGAGGGCUACCUGCAGGAGAGCUCUGCGGCCUACAAGUCCGCCCACGGCGGGAAGAGAGAGUCCAAGUCCCGCCCGUCCGCGGACAUGCGGCACGACCACAACCAGAUGUUCAUCACCAACCCAGCACAGCUUGCGGGAUACUUUGGCCCAAUGGACAGGCAGUGUGUGGACGGCAUCCCUGAUACCUCACCUGUCUUCGUUCAGCAGCCGUGCCACGAUGAUCCUGACAAAGAGCAGAGAAUUAAGGAACUUGAGCUGCUGCUUAUGUCAGCUGAGAAUGAAGUCAGAAGACAGGCAGCCUCAUGUAACCCCGACAGGUACCCGCGCUGGUCCGACAGCGUGGCCGACGACACCAUGACCACCAUGAGCAGCCUGGAGGACCACAGCAUGGAGUUCUGCCGCGCCGAGGAGAGCCUGGGCUCGGGUUCGGGCUCCGCCCCCGUCCAGGUCUCCCCCAGCAAGUUCCUGGCAGUGGAGGCCAGCGCCGUGCUCAACUCCCUGCAGACCAUCCCCGAGUUCGCCGAGACCAUGGAGCUGAUCGACUCGAUGUGUCUGGUUCUGCAGGACCCGGUGGCCUGGAGCAACGUGGCCAGCUUCAGCCUGACGGAGGUGGGGUCCCCCAUGAAGCAGGAGGCCGCGCCCUUUCCCCAGCCCCAGGAGCAGGACGGGACCCCCGAGGAGAUGGGCUACCAGUUCGACGGCGUCGCCGUGACCGACCAGGGCAAGGGCUGCGGCGGGGGAGGGGCUGGGGGCGGCGGCCAGGGCAAGGCGGUCCCGUUCGUCUCGCCCAUCGUGGCCAAAUUCAACACGCCCCCGUCCAUCCUGAGGAGGAAGAGGAGGGAGAGGGGGGAGCAGUCACCCUCCGGUGAGAGCAACAGUGCUUCUUUCCUGGACACCAGCAGCACCUCGCCUAAGACCACCCCUGUCAAAGCUCUGCCUUUCUCUCCCUCCCAGUUUUUCAACAUAUCGGGGAAUGAGCAUUUGAACCUGGACAACCCGGCCCUGACGUCGACCCCCGUGUGCGGGCAGAAGUGUCUCCUGAACACGCCCCAGCAGAAGGAGAUGACGCCCAAACACCAGAAGGAGAACGCUGGGUUCCGGACCCCUAAAAUUCGGAAAUCUAUCUUGGGCCCCACUCCACGGACUCCAACGCCCUUCAAAAAUGCCAUGGCUGCCCAGGAGAAGAUGUACGGGCCCUUGAAGAUGGUGCCGCAGCCGCUGGCUUUCCUGGAGGAGGACAUCCGAGAGGUGCUGAAAGAGGAGACGGGGACGGACAUAUUCACCCGCGGGGACAUGCAGCCCGAAUUCAGAGCCUGGAAACACGAGCUCGACGCUCCCGCCCGUAAGGUGAGGAAGUCGCUGGUGCUGGACUCCUGGGGGAAGGACUGCCUCAACGUCCAGCUGUUCUCCCAGGAACAGAUCAACAACGCGCAGCCUCCCGGGGACAGCCUGCUGACCAGCUCCCUGCUGAUGACGCCCCUGAUGGACAGGGAGGACCGCGCCUCCUCCCCCACGCAGGUGAAGCAGGAGCCGGGGUUCAGUUCGCCGGGCAGGAAGGGCAGCCCCUCUCUGCUCAGGACGUCCCGCUAUGACUCCCCGGCUCAGGUGAACAGCGAAUGGGAGACCGUCGUGUACGGGAAGACGGAGGACCAGCUGAUCAUGACGGAGCAGGCCAGGAAGUACCUGAACACGUACACCACCGGCUGCGCCUCCAGGGCGCUGGUCCUCUGACCUGAACACCGCACUACACCGCCCGAUCCGUCCGCCUGUCCGUCAGGGCAGCCUUCUUAUAACCGGCAGACUUAACACUUAGACAAUCUUUGUGUAGGAAACUGACUGUCCAGUUCUUUUAGUUGUCUGCACCACCCUUAACAGAAUAUCCCAGUGUCAUUUCUGAGUACAUUUAAGCAAAAGGCAGAAGUGUGUUCCUUCCCCCGCCCACAGCCUUCCCAUUUUUAAUAUCGAGUCUGACUUUUUAUUUUAUUUUUUUGGGCCAUUUUGAAAAUCGAAAGUUAAUACUGACGCAGCACCUCCGUGUGUUGGUACAACCAAGGUAAACGCUAUGUUUGCCAUGUCAUUCUGCAGCCCAUUAAUAAUUUGGAUUUGACGGCUCGAUAGGAGUUCUAGUCUUUAUUGGCGACCUCAUUUUGAACACCAACAUAAUUGACUUUCCUAAAAAAUAUCAGCCAGGCCAGAUUGCAGAAACAAAAUAAAUAGAGGUUAUGUUCUGCAUCAUCUUGUGUAUUCAAACGAAACGGCUUGCAUUUAGGUUGUUUAAUGUAGACUCUAUAAAACUAGUGGCGCUGCUUAUGAAAAGCAUAUUAUCAUAAAACACGAACGUAUAAAAUAUAUGUAUAACUUCUUGCUUUUAAAAAAAAUAUCUGCCUCUUUUUUUUUCCUGGGAAAGUUGAUGUGACGUCUUAAUGAACAGAAAGCACUGUCGGCAUUGCACUACUUGUUUUGGUUUGCUGCAGAGGGACGAGCAGUUAAUGCAGUUUAGGAGGAACAGAAUAGCACUUGCGAUGUGACUGUGUCAGCUCAGACAAAUGAGGGUUGUGCUCCUACACAGUGUUCGAUUUUAGGAGUCUCAAGUUGAGACAUUUAUUGAAUGUAUUGUACAGCGUGUAACUGCAGAGAGCCGUUGUAAAUUGGAAAGGUACCUUCCUUUAAUUUUUAUUUAUUUUCUGCUCUAAAGCUUAAAUGUUGAUAUUUAUGUAUAUCGGGCAUCUGGAAGUUUUUGCUGUUUCCUGUAAAGAAAUCCUACCUGUGCAGGCCACGACUGCCAGAGAUCCUGUAUCUCGCUUUACGCCCUUCGCCACGACUUACAUUCAGGCCAAUACCUGCAAGGAAUCAUGUCUGGUACCAACGGAAGCUUUAUUACGCAAAGCUCUCAGGUCCCAUUCCCUCUGUAAAAUGCCCCAAGAGCAGCUGUGUGAGUAAGAUGGAUUUCUUGUUUGUGUAGAGCUGUAGGUUGUAUUUAUUUAAAUGUUUAAUAAUUUAUUGCUAAAAAUAUUGAAGAAUCUCUAUAAUUAUAUUUACUUUCAGUUUCUUUUUUUAACAAAAAAUAUAUUCGGCUACCGUCCACCUCAUUUCUGGAAAUACGAAGAAACAGGAACUGCCACAGCAAUCCAGUGUAUUCAUCCGGUUGUCAGUGGAUAAAAAAUUGAUUUGUACCCAUUGGCUGGGUAUUUCCUUAUUACCCCAUAGAUGUAGCACAGUUUAUGAAAAGUGGUUCGCUAAGCUUGCUGAACCAAAGCCAGUUAUUCUGUACAGGUAGCAGCAUUCAGCUUCCGAAGUCAAAAGGUAGAAAAUUUGCACUUUUUUUCAUUGUUUAAAUGUGUUUGUUUUUGCUGCUGAUGUAGCUUUUUUUUUUUGUUUGUUUUCACUUUACUUUGUUUUGGUUUGGUCUGUUUCGUUUAUUUUAAUUAGCUGGUGUUGUUUGCCGAAUGUCUGACUGCACGUGAGGAUUGAACACUGACACGGUGAGAGAAGAGAGCUGUGGGGGGGUAGCUAUCCCGCUCGCUCUCUCCUGCCACUCUCCCUGCUGUGAAAUAGAGCCUGUCUGCUCCCACAGAGAAACUGACCCGGAGCCCAGCUCCUCUGCCACAUCUUUACUGUCGUACAAACCCCUAUCUCAGCCCAGCCCGAUAAAGCAAAGCCCUGUUUGAGCUUGUGUUUCUGUCCCUACUCACCAUUUUUUAGGUGAGUAAUAAAUACAAAUUGUUUAAAAGACAUAAAACAAUAAGUCUGGGCUCUGACAGUCCAAGUGUAUGCUGCUUAGCGCCUGUUUAGCAUGGUGUUAGAAGUAUGUAUGUGGGGUGUUAAUUGAAACUCAACAGUCUUCUGAAAACUCCCAAGUACAGUUCUCAAACAAGCCAAUAUGUUGAAUAACUUUUUAACAAUACUUGCAAUUUCUUGAGCUAGUCGAUAAGCUAGCGUAGAAUAGAUACAAGACCCAUAAAAUGCGUGGGGUCACACCUUGCGGUCUUAAAGGCCCUGUUUGGUGUUUUAAUGAGUCUAUCACAGAAUUUCGUUUAACGUUGAUAGGUUCAUCAAGCAUUAAGAAUGCUUUUAACAGUGAGAGACUACCUACUGUAGCUAGCAAAAUCAAGUCGAAUGAUUAGGCGAAUAUGUAUAUCUACAGAGCACUACACAGCUACAGUAAAGUAUACUGAUUUAAUUUUUGCUCAAAUACGUACUGCGUCAAUGCAUCAAAAUGUCAGAGUUUAAAACAUGGGUAACGGCUAAAUGUUUUUGCUUCGUUUUCUUUAUCUGUCUGUCUUUGUAUAUGUUUUGGUUUUCUGUGUAGAUCCUAAAUUGUAUUUGUAACCUUAUCUUUCGCUAAUGUUCCACCACCUAAUGCUAGGUUUUGAGGGAAGAAAGUACAGCAAUGUAGCAGUUAUCAGAUACUUAAACAAUGCAAACACUGCAUUUCUUCUGUAUUGUACUUAAUUUCUUACUGAUGUAACAAAUACACUGCAUUUCAUUUCCAGUUUUACAGUUCUGUCUCACUGUUCUGCUGAAGAAUCACAGCAUUCAUUUCUAUAUUCACCUGUACCAUAGAAGUCCUGCCAGCUACUGUUGUUAUGCAUGUACUUGAUAUGGAACAAUAAAAAUGCUUUAUGCAUUA